UAGAGUCGUGUUAAACAGCAAAUUUCUAUAUGAUCGUUCACGGAUGCAAUUCCCUAAAUUAUAAUGAUGAUGUGUUUUUGGAUUUGGGUUAACACCAGAACAGAAUGCAAUGUUUUCACAAUGCAUACACUUCAAACGACAACUUUGUUUUUAUUCGGAUUUCUUUUUUAUUCAUGCACAAGCGCAGACUGCCCACUCGGAAGUUACAGCAAAAAUUGUUCCAAGCUAUGCCAUUGCCGCGUGGGCCCAUGCGACGGAAUUACGGGUGCAUGUGGGAAUGGUGUCUGUAAAGAUGGAUGGAAAGGAAUAGCGUGUAAUGAAACGUGUCCAAUGGAAAGUUACAGCGUAAACUGUUCCAAGCAAUGUCAUUGCCUUCGGGGCCCAUGCGACGGUGUUUCGGGUGAAUGUGAUAAAAGUGGCUGUAAAGACGGAUGGACAGGAAUAGCGUGUAAUGAAAAGUGUGGCGGGGUCCUGACCGAUCCAUAUGGCGCCAUCACGAGCCCCAAUUACCCAUGGAAAUACAGCAGAAAAAAUAAUUGUACCUGGUUAAUCAACGCACCAGAGGGAAGCCGGAUAAAUGUGGACUUUACAGACUUUGAAUUGGAGAAAUGCAAAUUUUGCGAAUGUGACUACCUGGAGCUCUUCAACGGACCAACCCCCUCCUCUCCGCUUGUCGGGAAGUUCUGCGGUACACCUAAUAGAUUCAGGUCGCAGUCAAACUCUGUCCGUAUUGUCUUCACCACAGACAACACCAAUAUUGCGAGGGGCUUUAGACUGACGUACACAUUCUCCACGCAAUACGACUGCGCACAUGGAAGUUACAGCGUUAACUGUUCCAAGCAAUGCCAUUGCCUUGUGGGACCAUGCGACAAAGUCACAGGUGCAUGUGAGAAUGAGGUCUGUGAAGACGGUUGGAAAGGAAAAGCGUGCAAUGAAACAAAAGAAACCACUGCCGCCAAGCCAAGCACGACAGACACAAUCAGCAUCCCGACCACAACAACUACUAUCCCAACAAGAAACACAGCCUCUGGGACGUCUCCUACUACCCAUGUAUCUAUUUUUACAACGGAGCGUCAACAUAGCCAUUCUGAAGAUUCUGAGAAAACGCAUAACCCAUUAUUUGCUGCAACUGUGACUCUUUCUUCGGUCCUCGGCGUUGUGCUUGUCGCUGUUAUAAUAUGUAUUGUGGUGUUCAUCAGAAGACGACAUCGCCAAUCUACUGGAGGGACCACUGCUAAUACAGAAUCGUCUCCACAACAACACUACGACGACUUGUUAACUUCCAGGGACCCUGGCAACUAUGACUACCUUCAAAUGCCGACCUGUGGCCAGCAGGGAUGCACAAACUAAAAUAUUGCAGUUGCGAACAUUCCUUUGACGAAUGGACUUGGUCAAAAGAAUAUGCGUAGGGAUUGUUCGCGUUCAGUGUAAACUUUUGUAUAUAAAAAUAUUCGCUUUUGAAAUAUGUCAUGGCUACAUUUAAUUAGCAUGUUUGCAAUGUUUUAACUCACAUUUUAAUGAAGCUGUUUUCUUAGAUGUGUAUGAUUUUACCAGAUCUCGAAAUUGAUACUAUAAACGAAAAAUAAAAUAAAAAACCACUUGCGAGUUUCUUGACCGAGCAAAUGUAUCGCUCUAAACAAGCACUAAACAUAAAUAAACGCAUGUAAACACACCAAUCUGAUAUCAAAACCACUUCUGAAAGUUCUACCAGCCUAGCAUAGAAACUCGCAUGGCCAACACCAGGCGCCGGUAACUUCAACAUUAGAAGGUCAGGCAAAAUACUUAACCAACAACACCUACCAACAUCUUGUCAUCCCAAAAGCUGAUGAAAAGUGUGAAACCUGUUGUUGUUUGUUUUACCUAACGCAAAAAGAAUUAGUCUCAAAGGAGAGUGUAGUUCCCAUGAUUUUGUUUCGCAAGGACGAGUUCCAGAACAUUGAAUUGCUGAUAAAAUAUCAAAUGACAAUUAAAGCAAGACGUGAUUGUUCUGGAUCAACGGGACAAUGGGUGAAGCAAUACAAAAUAAUGUCAAAAGAAGUCACAUGUAUCAGCUCAUUAGUGGACUUGACACGGGAUUUUUCAAAUGCCAUUACUUGUAUGUGAAGACUUUUAUAGUGAGGUUA